UCAUUUAAACAAAAAUAUAUUUAUGUAAGAACUGGUAUCUGAUAGAGGGUAAAUGGAAGUAAAUAUCUAGUGUGUUUUCUUGACCUGUCCACUCUGGUUAAAUAUUUUAUGUGAUUAGCGUAACGGUAAAUUGUACACGCACUCUUUAGGGAAUGUCGCAGUAGAAAUGAGUGAAGCAGCCGUGGCAAUUUAUGGCUGUUCGACUGCCCUGAUUUUACCCCAACUUUCACAUUUGCUGUGCUGUUUAUUGUAUUAAUUUAAGAUCUGAAGGAUAUUGCCAAGAUGUGACACAACAGAUGGCCACUCAUUCUGCACGGCAUAAUAUAUCAACUAAAAAGACUACGCUUGUUCAUAAAAUGAUGAAUAGAAUGGUGACUCGUGUUUACUAGAAAGUCUUCAGGGAUGUGUGUUGUUUGUGCUGGGCAAUGGAAGCAGGUCAGAAAGGGGCAGAUAAUUCAGAGUUGGUCUUAUCAGGAAUUCCCAAGAUGGAUACAUCAGGACUGCCAUUGCCCAUUAUACAAGCAGCUGAUCUACAAAAUUGUCAGGCAUUUCCAGAUCAGGGAACAUCUCUUUCGUAUGUUUUCCCCACGAUUCCGCUCUCAAUCAAUGCUUCCAUACCACUGCUCACAGAAGGACUAAAAACUCUUCCUGUAGUGAAAGAAGAAAAAGGAUUAAGGCAAACAUUUGAUCCAGUCACAACACAAGCACUGCAAGACAUUGUUAAUUCAGGUUUAUAUGUACCUUUCACAAAAAUGUCAGAUUCUAAUUUUACACAGAAUAGUGACAGUGGAAAAGAUGUGAAAAGUGGUUUUGAAAGACAAGACAUGCAGACAGUUGGUGGCAAUCUAACUGAGGAUAAAGGCAUGUCACCCCUGAACAUUUUAGUGGUAUCGUAUCCUGACACUGGUCAACAGAGUCCUUCUGUAACUCAAGCUGGAGCGCAAGGACUUCGGUUUCAGUCUGCAGGUGGUGCAGGGGAUGCCAUGUUGAGUGCUAUAAACUACAACGACAGCGACAUGCUGCCAGACAGUGCCUUUGAUAUGAAUGCUGCAAAUUCUGCUCCAAACCUGCCACACUUAGAUGAUGGAAUUCUUGGCAGUAUGGGAAACCCAGCUCAGAAUAUCCGUUUGACAGAGGGCCAUCCUACUCAUUCAUUUGAUUUAUUUGACAGUAAUGUGCAUGCACAUUGUCACUUUCACCUCAGCCUUUCUCGGAUCCAAGUUUUUUCAGUUACAGAAACAAGUAACUUAAGUGCUACAACUGGGGAUUCAGAAGCAGGUAGUGGUGAGCGGCGACAGUCUGUAGAAUCUCCUACUGAUGGUGCUAGUAAAGCCAAAGGUAAAAACCGCCAGCCCAAGGCUCAGGUGUCUCCGUCUAAAACUAUGAUACAGUGUCCCACCUGUAACAAAGCUUUCAACAACUCCAGUGCCUUGGCCAAGCAUCGCCUCACACACAGCGAUGAGCGCAAAUAUGUUUGCUCCGUCUGUCAGAAGGGCUUCAAACGACAGGAUCAUCUCAACGGUCACAUGAUGACACAUCGAGAGAAGAAGCCAUACCAAUGUCAGAUGGAGGGUUGUGAGAAGAGUUAUUGUGAUGCCCGAUCUCUGAGGCGUCACCUGGAGGCAAACCACCACCAGUCACCUGAGGCCAUUGCUAGCAGUGUUCAAGCCAGUAUGGCUGCAGCUGGUAUUCCUACAACCACCACAGGAAAACCCCGACCUGCAGAGAAGCUGGCGGUGCAGGAGGCUGUGAGUCGGAUGAGAUGGGGUCCCCCCUCCUACAGCGCCAACACAACCCCCUCACCUAGUCCCAGCUACACAAGCCCCAACCCACAAGGACAGAUAUUCCAGUUUGAGCCCCAGUCUGGUUUGCCAACCACUGUUGUAUCCACACAACAAGCUACACCACCCCAGGACCAAUCCUGGCAGGAAAGAGCCAGGGUGUAUGAUUUUGUAGUUGAAGGCACCACAGGCUCCAGCCAACCCAGCCCACACAGUGGGGAUCAGUCGCCAGGGUAUGCUGCUCAGGUGAGCCCAGUGACACCAGUCAGUCCGAUUCCCCACAACCAACCCACCAGUCCACUCACAGGACAGCAGCGACCAGCAUGGUUCACUACCACACCAGCACCACAGACGGAGAACAAGACUUCAAGUGAUGAAACCAAGCCACCUGUCCAGUGCAGCAUCUGCCAGAGGCGGUUUAAAAAUAUUCCAGCUCUCAAUGGUCAUAUGCGUCUUCAUGGAGGAUAUCUUAAAAAGACCCAUCCCUACAUGGCCCCCUCGGGGCCUCCUACAGCCAAGAGCAGAGUAAAGAAGAAAAGAAGGCGGCUAAAAAGACAGAGAUGGGACCUCCUCCACCCCCCUUCCCCAAGACAAACAGUAGCUGCAGCCAACCCAACACAGCUGCAGGUCCAGAUGAGUCCAGUGUUGCCCAACAUCAGCCAGGCAUUCCAGACACUGUCCACAACACCAGAAGUGAGCACCAGUCAGAGUACGCUACAGGCUUGUGGACUGACCACUGUCACUGUGCACCAGGGUCAGAUCAGUCAUGACAGUCAGCUUCUUAGGCAGCAGCAGCCACAGCAGGUCAUCCACCAGCAGCUUCAGCUUCAUCCCAAUCCACAAAUUCUAGAAGAACAAAGUACUAAUUCCAUAGAAGAACAAAUAAAGAAUCUUCAAGCCCAAGCGUUCCAGCAGCAGCAGCAGCAACAACAACAGCAAGAUCAGCUGGCAGCAGCCCAGGAUCAGCUUCCAACUUCACAUGCUCAACAAGCUGCUCAGCAGAUCCAGCAGUUGGUUCAAAGUGUGCAAACAGACCAGCUCCCUCAACUUACAGUACAGCAGCUUGAACAGCUGCAGCAACAACCAACUCAACAGAUACAAGUUCAGCAGCCAUUAGGACAGAUUCAUCAGUUGCCCCAACUGUCAGCACAGCAGAUAGAGCAGUUGCAGCAGCAACACUUACAACUUGGGCUGCCAGCUCAGCUCCAGGCAACCCAGCUUCAUCAACUCGUGCAGGAGCAUCAUCUACACCAGUUGCAGCAGCAGCAGGUAUCUCAAGCAGAGGUAAUCACCACCCAUUCCCAGCCAAUCUCAUCUUCUCAACAGUUCAUUCAGCUGACACCCCAGCAACAGCAACAGCUGCAGCAGCUGGCAGAGAUCACACACAUUCCUGUGCAGGAGAUGUUGGAUGAUUCGAAGGAUAGUGCAGCAGAAAAGCAGCAGCAAAUACAGCAGAUUCAGCAGCAUCUGGCGGCUGUGGACCCCCAGACUGCUCAGAGUAGCAGCCAGCAAAAUCCCUUCCCUCAGAAUGUAGAGUUUACAUCUGCAGGAGAUGUUCAGAUUGCUCAACACCAGUCUCAGGACUUACCACAGCAAAUUAACUUGGAUAUUGCUGCUAGAGACUUGCCACCAAAUUUGGAACUCCAACUGCCACAGCAGUUAUUGCCCCUCCAGUCUCCACCUAUAACACUUAACUCUGUGGCUAUACAGAGCAGCUUGCAAAAUGCACUCAGUUUAGUGCCUCAUCUUGAACAAAGACAUGUGCUGUCAGGCAGUGGACAGACCCAGUUUGUCAGUGCCCCACAUCUGACUACGGGGCCAAUAUCUUUGUCACCUGUAACAGACAACCAAGAGGUGACUGUUGCUCAGCUACUUAACAGUAUGGCCAACUUUCAGGAGGGUCUGUUACUGCAGCCCACAAGUCAAACACAGACAGGAAUCCCCAGUGACAUUUCAGUGAUGCAGAGUCAGCCAUCUGUGACCCUUCAACAAGAUAACUUGUCAAAUAUUCAGUCAACAUUUAACCCUCUCCACAUGCCACAGUCUGUCUCAAUUCAGUCUCUUCCAACACCACAACAAAUGUUGGACAGCAUUACCUCAAUGCCUCACUUAUAUACUAUUAAAUCAGAACCUUUGCCAAUGGACGUUCAGAGUCCAGUCUUGGGAGAAGGGAGCAUGGCUCCGAAACACAAAAGUGACUUUAAGCCAAUUGUAGAACAGAAUAGUGAACUUAAACGUAGAUUGUCUGCUGAUUUAGAUAGGAGCUCCCCUAAGAAACUUUUAACUUCGCAGAACAGUCUUGCUAUGCUCCUCACCAGACCAGGUGGUGAUAGCUUUGCUAAGCCAUCAGUCACUAAAGACUUGGAUGCUUUGAGCAGGGUUAGAAUGAGGAGUAAGUCAGGAGACGAUCACAAAUUAAAAAGAUCAAAAAGUGUUGAUCACACAUUCAUGCGACCAAGAAGUCGCACUGAAUCUGAAUCAAUAUAUAGACCAAAAAGUAGAGUUGAUGACACAAUUAUUGGGAGAGCUAAGAGUCACCCUGAUGAUAUGCUGUCCAGAUCUGAUGGUGCCGGUGUGUUCAGAAAUCCCAUGUCCGCCAGUCCCAUGAAGGUGAAACGAAAACAUAGACCAGCUCCUCUGUUUAUUCCAUUGCAUCUAAAUAGCUUCCAGAGUCGUCUUCGCUCCCCACGUCUGUGGGAUGGAGGUGAUGGGCGACUCCGAGGUUCCACUCCUCCACCAUACACUCCACCACCAAUGCUGAGUCCUAUUAGAAGUGGCAGUGGCUUAUUUUGGACCUUACCAGGCAUCAAACCCAUCACUCCCAGGUCGGCACCAAUCACACCAAAGCUUUCUCUGGCUAACAGGAGAGCGAGCCAUGGGCAGAAGCCAGAAGCCAUACCAGAGGUUGUUGAGGAAGAACAAGAAGAGGCUCCACCAGAGACCGAUAUUCAGCCACAUGUCAACGUUGGAACACAAUACCAAGCAGAGUUACCAGCUUAUAACUCUGAUCGAUCAAGAGCAGCAAAACAUGUGUUUGGGGAAGACCUGGUUUGGGAACCUAGAGGAAUGGGGUCAAACUCUGAUGAGGAUGUGCAAUAUUACCAGGACUUUGCAUGUUCUGCAGCUGUGAAGGGCAACGGCUCUAAUGUUGAAUAUGCUCUCCAUCUACUCUACCUGUGUGAGGGAAAUGUGCAGAAUGCAAUGUUGAUGCUAAUGGAUGACCCACCAAAAUUGCCGAAGAACCAUGGAAUAACAGGUUUCAAGUAUCAAGAAUCUGACCCAUGGACAUCUCAGGAAAUAGAGGCCUUUCACCAGGCACUGCUUCGGUUCAGCAAGGAUUUCUUUGCUGUUUCAAAUGAGGUGAAAACAAAGACCACAAAGCAGUGUAUUCAGUUCUACUACCUGUGGAAAAAAGUUUGCCCUGAAGAUUACAAAAAGUUAAGAGCACUGAGGCGUAAACGAGAACAGGAGGCUUUGUACAAUCUGAGAUCCCGACCCCAGGGAGAGGAGCAGCAGCAACAGCAGCAGCCUCAGCAACAGCCUCAACAGCCCCAACAGCUGCAGCAGCACCAGCAGCACCAGCCGCACCAGCCGCACCAGCAAGAGGAGUCCGACUCUGAGGACAGCUUUUCUGCACACUCUGGAGAACCAAACGAGAUAAAAUCUGACCUUGAGAGCUCCUCCAUGUCCUCUUCCCCGGCCCCAACAUACACCUGUGACUACCCAGAAUGCAAUGCUAUCUUCACCUCCAAGCAGGCCCUGAAUGGCCACACAAGGAUGCAUGGAGGGGGCCCAGUACGACCUCCCCCUCCAUUCCAUGAUACUAUGCCAGAACACCCUCAACCACCGCCACCACCACCGCCGCCACCACACCCCCAUCCCCAUCCCACUCCACACCCUCCUGUCCAUCGCAAACCUCGCCCGGCCACACCCAGCAAACCACCAGCUACUGAUGGCACUGGAGACAUCUUCCCAUGUAAACUCUGCAACAGAGUGUUCUACAAGGUGAAGAGCAGGAGUGCUCACAUGAAGAGCCACAAAGUGCAGGACAAUGAGAAGAACAAAGCCAGAGAAUUAGGGCUUGCUAAGUUAAAGGCGGCAGCAGAGGUUCUUUGAAAAGUGCUGUCUUGUCAACACUUGCCUUUGUGACAACAUGACGUUUUUGCAAAUGUAAAAUGCUCAUCUCUGUAUAUCUGGAGGAUAGCAGAAUCAUGAUUACACCUUUUCCACUUGGGUAACCUCAAACUUGGGUAGAAUAAAUUGGGUUCCUGAAUGCUGAAAUUGUAACAGGGUAUGUCAAAACAGCCAUAUAUUACGAACAAUUCUGAAUCUUCAUGCUACAACCUAAGAGUUGAGACAGUAAUCAGGAAGGCUGUUUUGUGCAAGUGGUUUGCUUCCAGUGCCCCAGGUAGCUAGUGUUCUCUUUGAUCUGCUGUUCCAUGGACGCAGUUCUGGAACUGUGUGGUGGCUCGGUGUCUUCUGAACCUUGAAGAAAUACAGAGGAUGGACAAUCCCACAUCAGUUCAUGAUGGCAGCUUCAAGACAUUAUUCUACUUGUCUAGACAUGACAAUGUGUGCUGGAAGACCAGAAGCUCAAGUUUGUCAAGAGACUUGAAGUUUUAUAGCUCAUGUGAACUUAUUGCACUUGCACACUCUCGUCAAGGUCGUGUCACACAACCAGUUAUGGCCUCAUAUCAUGUCAGCUCCUACCAUGUUUUUUUAUGAUUGUGUACUUCCUGAGCUUUCCUUUUAGAUAGCAGAACAUUUUAGAAAGACUUUGACAGUAGAUAUGUUUGAAAGAAUGUUUUAUACGAUGUUCUUAAAAAAUUUAACUCAUGUGGUGCUUUAUUAUGACCCAGUGGCUGUGAUGUUGGGAGUCUGAGAAUGACAUGGUGUGACACCCUAUAUUACACUGUUACAGACAUGUGGAGGAUUAGCACUAGGCUUCCUUAUGAAGGAUCACAUACACUGCAUUACAGCUACACCACACCACUACACACCACUACACACCACAUAACUACACACCACAUAACUACACACCACACCACACCACCCCACACCACCCCACACCACACCACAUAACUACACAACACCCCACACUGCAUCACACCACACUGCACCACACCACAUUACAUGUCUGAUGUGAAUAUAAAUACAUGUAUUAUUCUCAAAGUUAAGGCUUAAGGAAAAAUAUUGUUAUGUACACUGUACAGAUGCAUGUACUUUUUAUUGAUAUAUGCUGACCAGUUCUAUAUCCUUGAUCUAAUGUGGGGUUGAUUAGUCUGGAUUGAAUUAUCUUUCAUAAAUUACAAAUCAGAUAAAUAAAGAGAAAAAUUCAGUUAAAAUUAGUUUCAAGAAGUACAGGUAUGAGCUUGUGCCAUAACUCAUGUUGAAGUGCUAAUGUUCCACUAGUUUCAGUCUGAUGGAAUACAAUGAGAGUGCUAUAAGGUUAUGUUCAGUUGGAGAAGUGACCGAUGUAAGGUGUAAUGAUUUUAUUAAGUUAUUCUUCAUCCCAAGGUUUUGUCUAUCUACUUCAUCUUAGAACUGGAUUUUCUGAACAAG